UCGGAGUGUUUCAUAAACAAAUAUUUUUGGCAAAUACAAGUGUUACACAAUGGAUUAGAAACAUUGGUACAAAUUGACAACCCAACGAACUAAUUAUUGUCUUAGUGCAUCGUGAAGAUAAUUACGAAGAGAGUUAAUCAUAAGAUCGUUCCCGACUAUUUUUGUGUGACUUCGCAAAUCUCUAUAUUGAUUCGACUGGGAUCGAUUCGAUUGGGGAUUGAGUGCACGGGAUAGUGCACGUUCGUCUGUAUGGUUUUUGAAGGGAUCUUAAGCUGGUGUAACCGGAAGAACGUAAUCUUUAUUACUCUGUGUGCCGCGGUGAUUUACGUGCAUUUCUUCGCGAAGAGUAACGAGAUAAAGUGUAUCGGCGAAAAGGGAUCACGGUGUCGCGAGGACCAGGCAUUGAGGUUCCUGAUCGCCUUGUAACUAUGUGGAAGGUGUUACCCGUGCUCGCGUUCAUCGCAUUCGCGUGUGACAUCUCGCGCAACGUUCUGGUCCACGGCAAUCCCGCGAGGAAGCCGGAAAUUGCGGGACGAAGCGGCGGCUAUGAGCAUCAGACGGAGCUGCGGGGACAGUUGAACGACGCAGAAGUGUUGCAAAGUUCCGCGGAAAAUCUUGAGCGAUCGAGUGAGCCUCCUGCAGGCAAAUGGAGAAGCAACGGCGAAGCUCUCGAGCCAAAGUGGCGUGACGGCGACUCCGUGCCUCUGCUACCGUUUUCUCAUUACCGGUCUUACACGAGGGACGAGGUCGAGGAUGUUGAACAGGAGGCUUUACUGGCGACGAGUCGCCGACCGUUCAAGUAUCAUUACGCGAUCGAUCAACCGGAUCGUCCUCGAGGGGGCAGACGAUUACCACCUCCGAACGACUAUGACCAUGAAGCCUCCUAUCAAAGUCGGAACUACGAGAAUCCCGAUGAAAAUUAUCCGCGCAAGAGACGUCGUCCAUUGAAGAAUUCACAGAGUCCAACGUUCUACGAGGAAACGAUCGAUAGUGCAGUAAGCAACGAUGAAAAACGCGGUCGUAACAUCGUUGAUAGUUCGUUGAACGACCGGGAAGUUACCUGGAGAUAUCGCGAAGCUUUCCAAGCUCGUCCCAAUGAGUACGAACAUGAAUUCAGCGACGAGGAGUACCUAAGACCUCGCCCGAGGAAGAGACGACCACCGCAGAAUUAUGAGUUCGCCCUGGCGAACGAGGCAUCCUCUAACAACGGGAACGAGGAAUCGAAAAGUUUUCCUCGAUAUUUACCUAAGGGCAACGAGAAUCUUUCGACGGAAUCAGAGAAAGAGCGAAAGAACGCGCUCGAGCUGAAGUCGCUUCUGAAGAUGCAACAGGAGGAGGGCUUGAGUCUAUCGGAAAUACUUCAGCGCAGAAAUCUGACCCUGAACGAUCUCCUAAAGGGAAAAACUGACGUGAUCAACGCUCUGAAAUCGAGGAUCACCGAUGAAUCCGAUGAAUAUAUCGAGGAAAUGUCAAGGGUGAUGUCCGAUUCGCUGAUGAAGCUCGCUGCGACGGUGACACCACCCUGGGUGUCUACGCAACCGUUCAUGUUUGAAAAUAUCACAAUAAAAAUUACAACCUCAGAUACGAUUUCGGAUAGCUCCCAGAUGAAGAACGUCACGGAUGAAGUCUCGAAGAGACUCGAGAUUUCCACAAACAACACAAAUAGUGUUAAAGAAUCGGAAGACGCUGAGAAGAUGACGCGAUCCGCGCACGAUGCCUCCUGGUUAAGAGCUCCGACGACUCCCUUAACGCUCUCGACAGUGAUUACCACGUCAACGUUGCCACCAAUCGCGGUAAACUCCGCGGAGUAUUUUCUGAACGACGAAGGCAACGCGGAAGCGAUGAGCGACCACGCGACGAAGCUUGAAAGCCUCGACGAGGACGAGAUCAUGGAAUUCUCGGACUUCACGGAUUUCAAGAAAGGGAAAAAUUCGGGUCCGCCGAGCGAGAGGAUCAUCUCGCAGCAAGCGCCUCGCGAUACCGAGUCCACUUUGAGCAUCGAACAGAUUCUCAAUCCCACGGAGCGGACCAAGCGAGUGGAAGAUCGUGAGAACGAUCAGGACGACAUCAACAAUAAUAAUGAGAGAAAAAUGAUUCGUGAUAACGGUCAAUCAUUUCCUAUCGGCGUGCCCACCGCUGAGGAUUACAACACAUUUAUCGAAGCCGAGUAUCAGAGUGACGCUUCGAACCCGGAAGACAACGGGAAACAAAGUAAAGAUCACUCGAGUAAAAUUGCUGUUGUGAGUCAGGUUGAGAAGAAACAAACAGCGAAUCAGGCUGAUGAUAGAAAAGAGCUUCGUGACAAGAAUCACUCAGCUGAUUAUCAUCAGGUGACUCGAUUGCCGGGAGAGAGAGCUCGCGAUCGCACGUUGGAAAAUCAUCGGGAUACCAAACGCUACGAGGAGGUCGUCUCCGAGAUCGAACCGGAGGCGCGAGCGGAAAUCUUCGAGCUGUUUGCGUCCGGCUCGGCCGGCAAGCGACUGGAACGUCUUCUCAAAUCGAGGAAUAUGAGCGUGGAGGAGUUGAUAGCUUUACGUCAAAGGGGCUCUAGCAAGGUCCACUUGACGGAAGUAUCGAGACUGAGGAUGUCCAAGCCUAAAAAUCAUCAAACUCUGGAAACCUCUAAUACAAACAACGGAGAAAUUAUCAUAUCACUCUCGCCUACAAGCAACUCUAACGAACAUUUCGGCGAAGAUGAUAGCUCAGAAAGAGGAGACGCGAAGCAAGAGAUGGAAGAGACGAUGAAUCGAUUCAAAGACAUCAUGAGCUACUUACACGAUCCGUUCUUCGACAAAGACGUAGAGAAUAUGUCGAUGUCAAGGUUGUUGGAUCUCGUCGAACGUGACAGAAACGUGUCAAGGGAAAUGACGUACCCAGGAAAUGAUACGCUAAAUGCUGAUGAACUGGAGAAUUCCCGUCGAACGGUGCAGAUUGUCGAUUUACUGACAACGUUCGAUUCUCUGCCUUUCGCAAAGGAUGUGCAACGGCAGUCUGAAAUUGAUAACUUCGAGACUGAAAUCAAUAACAAUGAACACGAAUCAAAAGUGAAGCUUGCGGUAGACAACAAUAAUGCGAGUGUAGUGGUGAUUGAUGAGACAGAGAAAACACUUCGAUCGAAUAACUCCAGUGAAUUCCAUGCUGGAUACGUCGAAGAGAUUGUGAGAGAAGAACCGAACACUAUUGAUAUAAAAACAGUGUAUGGCGAAACAUUGAGCAGCACGAACGGCGGAGAAGAAAAGAAGACCUUGUCGAAGGUGAAGCCAAGCAUAAUAGCGAGCGGUGCGAUACUGGGCGUGACGAUCGUCGUGUUCAUGGCGAUCUUCAUCGUAUGCCGGAUUCGGCAAAAGCAGAAGUACACAUACAGAAACACGUUCUCUCGUGCAGUCUUUCAAGGCCCGGUUAUGGCGGCGAGAAAGCUGUCGAAUUCCAGCAGUUUGAGUGCCGUGAUGGUGAACGUCGUUGCCACGUCGACGACCAAGAGGCCCGAAAGAACGGAGACACAAGAGUCUGUGGAGGACUUUGAUAGCAAGAGCGAUAUGGAUAAUGAUUCAUUAGACGCAAACGAUAGUUGGGAGACGAUACCCGAUUACGCUAAGUAACUCGUCACCGACAAUUGCACGAUUAGCCUAUUAGUUUGGCG